ACUGCCCUGUUCACUGAUCUACAAUGUAGUAACCUAAAAAAGAAUUAGUGUAGCUAGAGCUGGAGUAAAUAAACUCUUUAAAAUCGUUCACAUCAGGGUUUUAAUCAUGGAUAAAUUUGUUGUUCGGUUACCAAAGGGAGACAGGGUGAAACAGGAACCAAAACAAGAGAGAAAUUACAAACAAGCAACAUUAGAGUCCCUGCGGAGAGUGGUCGUGAUUGAAGACAUUGAGAGGUACAAGUCAAUCCUUGAACUGCCUGGCCAAGCUAAAGAGAACAUGAUAGAAGCCUUAAAGGAGUUGGACAAGAAAGUGCCCUCCAAAGAAGUGCUAAAGACUACUAAAAUUGGACACACAGUUAACAACCUUCGCAAACACUCAGAAGAUCCUGAAAUCAAGUCCCUUGCGGGGGAGGUGUAUAAACACUGGAGGACCUUUAUUGAGGAGCAUGCAAAUAAACCUUCCAUAGAAGUUCGCUGUGACAAACUGACAGAAAGUUUAAGGAGCAAUGCCAAGAAACUGCUCUCCGAAGCAAUUGCGUUGAAGGUGGAGCAUGGACUGGUGGAGAACAUUGAGAGGGAGGUCUUCCACCAAAGCUCUCGCCUUGUUAGCAGAGCUUACAGAAGGACUGUGAGGGCUCUUGUCUUUGCUCUGAAACAUAAGCCUGAGUUGAGAGCUCAGGUCAAGGACGGCAAAUUACCAGUUAAUAUAUUGGUCUGCAAUCACAAAAAGAAACUGUAAAGAAUUCAGACUUGUGACCUAAAGAAAAUAUUGUUUACCCAUUUCAUUUUUAAAAAAUAUCUAUAUUUAUAAUUUUUUUUAACAUACUGCAGUAUGAUUUACUCAUUGACUUGUAACCAUUUUUAACUUUCAAUCUUAAAUACAACAUUUGACUUUUUUUACA